GUUUAACCAUCUGGUAGCCACCCUUAUUAAAUAAUUUAUUGUAAAUUGUACAAAAUAAUGUUGGUCAAAUUAAAUGUUCUCCUGGGCUGUUGUUUGGAGACUUUUAUUCCAGGAACAAAAAUCAGAUAUUUAGAAGAAGGACUUUGAUUGAUUUUCAUUAGUUAUAUCAUAGUAUAUUUUUAUUUGUCUGUUUUCAGUUCGUUGAAGUUACAGAAGAGGCUAGCAGCCUCUGUUAUGAGAUGUGGUAAAAAAAAGGUUUGGUUAGACCCAAAUGAAAUUAAUGAAAUAGCCAAUACAAAUUCAAGACAAAACAUCAGGAAGUUAAUCAAAGAUGGUUUUAUUAUCAAGAAACCCGUUGCAGUACAUUCCAGGGCCCGUGUUCGUAAAAAUACUGAAGCCAGAAGGAAAGGUAGGCAUUGUGGUUUCGGUACAAGGAAAGGUACUGCUAAUGCAAGAAUGCCAGCGAAGGUGUUGUGGGUGAACAGAAUGAGGGUUCUUAGGCGGUUACUGAAGAAGUAUAGAGAAGCCAAGAAAAUUGAUAGGCAGAUGUAUCAUGACUUAUACAUGAAAGCAAAAGGUAAUGUUUUUAAAAACAAGCGUGUAUUGAUGGAAUUUAUUCAUAAGAAGAAAGCUGAAAAAGCUAGGUCCAAAAUGCUCCGUGAUCAAGCUGAAGCCAGGAGGCAAAAAGUUAAAGAAGCAAAGAAGCGGCGAGAAGAAAGGAUCACAAUGAAGAAACAAGAAAUAUUACAAUCUUACCAGAGGGAAGAUGAAGCUGCAUCAGCUAAAAAAUAA